CUUUCAAAUUGAUUAAUAACAGAAAAUCAAAACACCACAGUCUCAUCAUUAAAGUGAAUUUCUAUUUUGGUGGUUAAAUAAAAUUUAUGCUCUAUUUAUCACACUACUGUCUGUUUGUUAUUCAUAUCACUCCAGAUUUGCGUUGCUAUGUUUUUAGAUAUAACAAAACAAAUGGAUCUAUACCUUUAUAAGGGAGAUAACGCUAUUUGAUGACUGAGGGCGGGAACCUCGCUUUGCGUCAGUACAAAUGAAAGCAUUAGAGAUAAAAAAUCCAAAGACACCGCUAUAGAUAUUCACCAUAGAGAUAAACGCGAAAAAUGGGAAAAAGUCAGAUUUUAGGCAAUAUGUUUAAACUACUUAUAGUUAUUGCAAGCUGUCUUGCACCGUUAUACAUAUUGAUUUCACAUCCUAACUUGAAGCAUGAAGGGAGAACCUUUCAUUUUGAUUUUAAGAUAGGUAGCACGAUCUCAAGGCCCAAUCACAUUACGUUAGAUGAUGUCUACAUUGCAGUGAAAACAUCGAGCAGUUUCCACCAGACAAGAUUGCCGAUGAUUUUGCAAACGUGGUUCCCGUUAGCAAACGAUCAGAUCUGGUUUUUCACUGACGCCGAUGACCUCGUUCUCCAGAUGAUAACCGACCGUCACAUGAUCAACACUUACUGUCCGCCCACGCACUUCCGAAGAGAUUUGAGCUGUAAAAUGGGAGUGGAAAUCAAUACGUUUAUGACCACCAACAAAACGUGGUUUUGCCAUUUCGACGACGAUAACUACGUCAACAUCCCAAACUUGAUCGAGAUGCUCAAAGGGUACGAUCCCGAAGCUGAUUGGUAUCUGGGGAGGAAUAGUUAUUCCACCCGAUACAAUGCAACAAUAAUAAAAAGAAUGGAAACUGUUAAUUUUUGGUUCGCAACCGGAGGUGCCGGAAUUUGUAUCAGCAGACCUUUGGGAGUGAAAAUGCUUCCCUACAUCAGUGGGGUGAAAUUUUUGCAUACCUCCGAUAGUAUAUUAGAACCUGACGAUGUUACUGUGGGUUUCAUCAUUGAGCACUUGCUAAACGUGUCCAUGACGAGGAUAGCAGAAUUUCAUUCGCACGAAGAGAAGCUGAACCUGGUUAAACGGGAUACAAUCAAGGAGCAGGUUUCAUUCGGGUACCAAAACAAAAAUAUUAUCGAGAUAGAGGGGCGUUGAUUUUUGUUCAAAGAUGGAUUGGGGACCGGUUCAGAAAUAUGCAGAUGAGAAUACCACAAUUUCCUAAAUUUAAGCAUACUGUCAACUUUUUUUAAAUAUAUGUAUAA